AUGACCCCUUCUCGCACGAGCCGGACGGAUUCGACCCCCUGCUCCAAUUCGUUGCGUAUCCUCCUGUCCCGCUUCUUGAUCUGCUCCACCCUCAUCCUGGCCCUCAGCGUGGCUCUCAAGACCCGCUCCCGCCUCUCACUCCUGCUCCCCUCCUUCCCCUCUUCCUCCUACCAUCACCACUCUACAACCAUGGCUUACCAACAAGAACGCUACAUUGCCGAGCUGGCUGUCCAGCGAGCCACCCUUCUCACCCAGAAGGUCUUCUUCGAGAAGGCUAAGGGUACUGUUUCCAAGGACGACAAGUCCCCUGUUACGAUUGGCGAUUUCGGUGCCCAGGCCCUCAUCAUCCAGGCCAUUCGCAAGAACUUCCCCGAGGAUGAGAUCGUCGCCGAGGAGGAGGCAAGUUCGCUUCGCGAGGACAAGGACUUAAGCGCCGAGAUCUGGCGCCUGGUCAAGGACAUUAAGCUAGAGGAUGCGGAGAGCGACAAUCUGCUGGGCGGUCCUCUCACUAGCGAGGAGAGCAUGCUGGACAUCAUUGACCAAGGCAAGAGCGCUGGUGGUGGUAAGGGCCGUAUCUGGGCCCUGGACCCCAUCGAUGGCACCAAAGGCUUCCUGCGUGGUGGUCAGUAUGCUGUUUGCCUGGGCUUGAUCGUCGACGGUGAUGUGAAGGUCGGUGCUAUUGGUACCCCGAAUCUUCCCGUGGAUGAUGCCGCCACCAUCGACGCUAGCACCGGUUCCCAGCAGACCAACAACUCCUCUAACGGAGUCCUCUUCUCUGCCAUUGAAGGCCAGGGUGCUUUCAGCCGUCCUCUAUCCAGUGGUGCUCUUGCUGAAAGCAAGCCCAUCUCCAUGCGCCCUGUCCCCGACAUCGCCCAGGCGGUCUUCUGUGAGGGUGUCGAGGCUGCCCACUCCGCUCAGGGCGACAACGCUGCCGUUGCUGAGCGUCUUGGCAUCACCUCCCCGAGCGUCCGUCUUGAUUCGCAGGCCAAGUACUGCUCCAUCGCUCGCGGUGCUGGUGAUAUCUACUUGCGUCUUCCUGUCAAGAAGGACUACCAGGAGAAGAUCUGGGACCACGCCGCUGGAGACAUCAUUGUUCGUGAGGCCGGCGGCCAGGUGACGGACAUCUACGGCAACCGGUUGGAUUUCAGCAAGGGUAGGACCUUGGCUGCCAACAAGGGCGUCGUCGCUGCUCCCAAGGCUCUGCAAGCCCAGGUCAUCGACGCUGUGAAGGUUGUGCUGAAGCUGUGA